GGAGGCUCAAUACCGUCAUCUCCAGACCGAAGACCAGUGCGGCGAGGUCUGAUGAUCGAGAACCAGCUCGGCGGAUCCUCCGACUUCUCACGAUCAGACUCACGAAGCCGCUCAGCAUCUCCGUCGAUAGUAGCUCCGAAAGAGCAGCCUGUCAAGAGCUUACGGGAACAGCUCGUGACAAUGCGAAACAAGUACACCAAUGUGCUCGACAAGUACUAUCAGCUCGGCGCCUCAUACGCAGAACCCGUAUCCUCCCUCGUCUAUGCCCUGGCCUCAGAACUCGGUCGUGAAGAUAACGAUCUCCUCUGGAAUGCAAUAGUGGGUGUAAGCAGUCUGGAGCUGUAUGGUCGGACAGGAAGCGGUGUUGGAUUGAACCCCCUCUCGGCAGCUGGUGGUUCUGCAGGCUGGAAUGGCAAUCGGGGAGAGCAGAUUCGUUCAGUCUUCAGAGACGAAGUACGGCGACUGAACCCCGUUACAGAUCCUCAAGGCGUAGCUCGUGAUGCGAGCUUGGGCGACUCUAGCGGCGUUAUCCCCACAAGUGCACGCUCAGCAACAGACAAGUCAAUACGGCUGUCUCCAGAACCUCGCUUCCUUCUCCUACGGCAUUGGUCUCUCUACGAAAGCAUGCAGCACUCGCCCUACCUCUCCGCUAAGCUACACAUGUGGAGCGAGCAAGGGCAAAAACGACUGAACAAGCUGCUGGCGAAGAUGGGCGUCUCACUCUCUGAGUGCAAGCAAAACUACACACACAUGGACAUGGAGCUCAAACGCGGGCUACGAGAACGACUGCUGAAGUUCGCGCCCCAAUACGGACUCGACGGCCUCGUCCCUCCACCACCACGGAGCGGAGAUAUGAAAGACGGCUGGGGUUUCGUCCGCUGUUGGGGCUGGAAAGCCUGCCUCUCUGCCGUCGACGCCUCCGUAAUCCUCGGCGCCAUCCUCGAAGUCGGCGACGCAAAAUCCCUCUCCCAAUCCUCCUUCGAGCCCACAAACUUCGUCGGCACAAACGACCACGGCGACACAACCGCCGCCGCGACUCAAGAAGAACAAGACGAGGCGCAGGAACAUAUCGUAGCCCGGUUUUGGACGGCCUACGACGCCCUUGGCCAGAUCGAUAAGCUCGUUCAGCAUAUUUCUACAGCACAACACCUCCACCGUGCUAUCCUACGAACAGGAACAGCACUGAUUGAGAAGAAACAAAUCAGACAUCUCCGUGCCUUCCGCAUGGCCGUCGUAAAAGAAGGCCCAGACGUACAACUCUUCACACACCCCGGCGCCCUCACAAAACUCGCGCUCUGGAUCGCCGAAGCAAUCGUCGAACUCAACGGCACGAAGGGCAAGAACCGCGGCUCCGAACUCGUGAUGGCCGGUCUCGACGACAGUCGAGGGUUGUACGUCGUUGUCGGCCUGGGCGGUGGCGGCGCCACAGAGUCUGCGAAAGAGCGACUGCAGAAGAGAGAGAAAAAAGCCAAAGAAAAGGAAGAGAAGCAGAGGAAGAAGGAGGCCGAGGCGAGGAAGAAGAGGGAAGCGAAGAGGCAGAAAUUGGAGGCUGCGGGGUUGGAUGAGGAUGAGGUGGAGGACGAUACUGAGGAAGAAGACGAUGAAAGCGAAGAUAGCGAGAGUGAGGAUGAGGAUGAGCAGAAAACUGGCGCGGGGAGGAAUAGGUUUGGUAAUGCGUUCCAGGAAGUCGUCCGUGAGACGGGUGCGCGUGUGCGUAUGGACUCUUUUGAAGCGUGUGUCAUCGAAAUCAGGAAAGAGGAUCUUAGUGGGUUCCUGGAGAGGCUGAGUAUGAAGGCUGUUGUUGGCUAGGCUGGCUAACUGCCUAUGAGAAUAGUAUGGUUGGUGGACACGUGUCUGGUGGUUUGGAUGCACGGUAUGGUAUGGUAUGGCAUGGCAUGGCGAGGCAUAGUUUGGAUCGGAGUACCCCACCCCAUGGCGUUCUAUUGGUUUGGCAUAUGUAGCAACGCGAUGAUCUUUGGCGUUUUGUUUGAGCAUAGCGCAUCAUAGCACAGCAACUUUAUUCUCAUCUCAGUAGAUGAGUGCCAUUGUCAGCAUGUUGUGGCUAACCGCUGUUUCCGCAAGGUUCUUAAAUGGUAGGUACAUCUUGG